AUGGUCCAUACUGUUCAACAAGUAACAUCAGAAGACAUCGUACUUGCACCGCUACCCCCACCCGUAAUCAAUUUAGAAAUGGGAUCAUCAGACGACGAGACGCCAGCUACUGUUCCCGCAGAAGAGCCGACGGCCGAGGAGGAGAAACCCAAAGAAGGGGCUCCCAAGGAGGCCGGUGCAGAAGGCGAAGAAGAGGCAACCAAAUUGCCGUGCUCCGUGUGUGGCGAAGAAUGCUGGCAAACGGGGUGGUUCUUACCUGCCGAAACAGAGGGGUCGACAGAGCGCAAGAGUCUAUGUGAUGAUUGUUUUCUGGUGAGGCCGGACAUUAAAGGGGCGGAUCGCUGCUUACGAGGCCAGCUCAAGGUGCUACCUCCCAAAAAGCCAAAGAAACCCAAGGUGGCCAAGAAGCGUGGCGCCAAGGCCAAGCAUUGAUUUGAUUAAGAGUUGCGUGCAGUACUGUACUGUUGUGAGAUGUGGUUGUUUGGCGGAAAUGGAACAGAAACGGACUGGGUUUAACAGGGGAAUACUAUGUCAGCCAAUUGUCUCGUACACUACAGUGCGCACAUCCAUCACUACAUUUGAUUGAUGCCCAUAAUUUCUUGUUGAUUAUUGUCACAACCUUACUUACCAAUCAUCACUACUGUGCUGAGCUGUAUAAUCACGAUGAUUGAGCUGUACCGGCAUGGUAUUCAUUGAGCGAGCUUUCAGGGGCUCACAGUCGGAGGGGACGAUCUUCCCCUGCGGUAACCCGAUCGUCUUUGCUAGCUAGCUAGUUUUCUGCUUUUGGAACUACUAGUAAGGCCUUCAGCACAACUCAGUGGGAUCUACCACAUCGUCGUACUUUUGAAUUAUGAAGCAGAGGUCAUGGCAUACGUGAAGCAGAACACGCAGCUAGCGGUAGCCAGCAGCCUUUUCGCACUCUGUUCUGGAGGGUACUAGACUCGACUGGUCGUCACUCGGGCACCUCAUGGAGUCACAGGCCAAGCACCGACGAGUGAGUGGAAGAAAUGAUGCUUUCGAGAUCAGAGGACAUGGUUGGAGGGUUGUAGCAACAGGCCACCAAGGAGUGUCAACUGCUUCUUGUGACACUCGGAGGACUAUUCGCGUCAGAAUGGCCGCUGCUUGCUGGAACUAUGACGGAACAGGAUUGGUCGGCUGCCAAUUGGGCAUUGCUACCAGUAAAUGCAGUGUUAGUUCUACUACAAGCUACAUGUACAUGUAGUGCCGGUCGUUACAUGUGCAUGGACAAUUCUUCCUCUAGCUAGUACUAGUAGUAGAGACUCUAUGCAUACGCAGAGACUCUGUGCAGUGGUUCUGGUCAAGUUUCCCUGGUCAAGAAUACCUACACCAAUGCGAACAACUCCCCCAAAGUGGAUACCCUCUAUCAUGUGACUACGGUUGUAUUCUAAAGGUAUACGGUACCGGUACCGGUACCGUUGGGUGGCGAUGGUGUUGACGUGUUGACGCGUGUUGACUGCGUGGGUCAUUUUUGGGAAAAUGAUUUUACCGUUGGGAAAAUGAUUUUACCGUUGGGAAAAUGAUUUUACAAAAUUCGAGAGGAGUCAGAGUCGAGUCACGAGUCAGUCCAGUCCCGACUGUUAUGGUUCGUUAUGGUCACUCGACACUCACUCGACUCGACUCGACUCGUCACUCGAUCGAUGACAGGGGUAUGGGGCAACAAAUACCCACAUACCCCAGUCUGAGUGUCGAGUGACUCGACUUGACUCUUGAUUGGUCACUUUGACUGACUGAGUCUCAGUCCGA